CCGCCUGCCUGGAGGCCGGCAGGGAUGCGGAGCCCGCCGUGCGGCCUCUCCGCGUGGGGCCGGGCGAGGGCUGCCGGCUCUCGCGGGUGUUUUUCCGCACGGUGUCCGCUCAGGUGCUGGCUGCACGCAGGGCUGGAGGAGCAUCCCGCCUGGCCCCGGACGUCAGCGUGGGGAGGGGGAGGGAGCCCGGGCCGGCUCGGGCGCCGUUGCUGAGGCAGCAGGAGCCUCAGCAGCAUCCCCGAGAGCCAGGCGAGCAAACUCCUCCUCCCUCCCGCUCUCAUCUCGUCUCUCUCCCCGCUUCCUUUGCAAAGAUGGCAACCGAGGGGCUGCGCGAGAACGAGACCUUGGCGUCGCUGAAAAACGAGGCCGAGAGCCUGAAGGGCAAGCUGGAGGAGGAGCGGGCCAAGCUGCACGACGUGGAGCUUCAUCAGGUGGCAGAGCGUGUGGAGGCGCUGGGCCAGUUUGUGAUGAAGACCAGGAGGACCCUGAAGGGCCACGGAAAUAAAGUUCUCUGUAUGGACUGGUGCAAAGACAAGAGAAGAAUUGUGAGCUCUUCCCAGGAUGGGAAGGUGAUUGUGUGGGAUUCCUUCACUACCAACAAGGAACACGCAGUGACGAUGCCAUGUACCUGGGUGAUGGCGUGUGCAUAUGCCCCAUCUGGAUGUGCCAUCGCUUGUGGUGGCCUGGACAACAAGUGUUCUGUGUACCCUCUGACAUUUGACAAAAAUGAAAAUAUGGCUGCAAAGAAGAAAUCGGUUGCAAUGCACACAAACUACUUGUCUGCCUGCAGCUUCACUAACUCAGACAUGCAGAUCCUGACAGCAAGUGGAGAUGGAACUUGUGCUCUGUGGGAUGUUGAGAGCGGACAGCUUCUGCAGAGUUUCCAUGGUCAUGGAGCUGAUGUCCUGUGCCUGGACCUGGCCCCUUCUGAAACGGGAAAUACAUUUGUGUCUGGGGGAUGUGACAAGAAGGCCAUGGUUUGGGAUAUGCGGUCUGGUCAGUGCAUCCAGUCAUUUGAAACCCACGAUUCAGAUAUCAACAGUGUCAGAUAUUACCCAAGUGGAGAUGCUUUUGCCUCUGGUUCAGACGAUGCCACGUGUCGUUUAUAUGACCUUCGUGCAGACAGAGAAGUAGCAAUUUAUUCCAAAGAGAGCAUCAUUUUUGGAGCAUCCAGUGUGGACUUCUCCCUCAGUGGUCGCCUACUGUUUGCAGGCUAUAAUGAUUACACCAUAAAUGUCUGGGAUGUGCUGAAAGGGUCCCGUGUAUCCAUUCUGUUUGGACAUGAAAAUCGUGUCAGCACCUUGCGGGUCUCUCCCGAUGGGACGGCGUUCUGCUCGGGCUCCUGGGACCACACUCUCCGAAUCUGGGCUUAACCUGAGAUCCUGUAUGCAGAAUCAAAUGAAGGCUGAAACCCUGGACUACAAAAACUGCAUAAAAAAGCCACCCCUCAAAAUCAAAUAUUCACUACACUACAAAAGAGUGACACUGAACCCACAGGUUAACACAGCUAGGUAGAAAAUGUAAUCUGCUUGAACACAUAGCAAACAUCAACUUGUAGUAAAAUGAAAUGUUUUUAAUUCUGUUUUGAAAUUAUCUUCUUUUAUUAGAACUAGUUUAGAUAAUUAUAAAGGGACUUUUCUCUGAAGUCACCUGUAUCAUAGAAUGGAGUAUUUCAGAGCACAUUAUGUAUUUAUUUGCAUGAAUUUAGUUCCUUUUUAAAGUUAAAAAAAAAAGAAAAAAAAGAAAAAAAGAUUCUUGAUUUUAUCAGGAUGUAGCAUAAAACUUUGGAAACAUUCCGUAGUAGUGCAUUGAAUUUUGGUGUUGAAAAGUGGAAAGAAAAACAAUUCCGAUACUUUAUGAUGGCGUUAUGGAUGACCGAACCUUGGCAGUAAGUAGAGGAGCAAAGGACCUACUGUGAAGGUACUGGCUGUUGUCAUAAGAAUGUAUUUUUUGUACAGAAAAGAAAGCCUUUCAAUCCCUGUUUUUUCCUACUGUCUUUUUAGAUAGAAAUAAGUAUUUCAUCUCUGUUACAUGAAUAUAAAGAAUCUAAAUAUAUACAAACUGAUAAACUGCAAAGAGGAGGGAUAUAAACAUGAUUUACAUAAUCAUGAGGUAAUACUUAACCAGUAGUUUCUUAGAAAUUUUUAAUUGUAUCACUUGGUGAGUGAAUUUUCUUUUACUUAAAGGAAUACUACAUGCUAAGCACUAAGGGAUACUACACGCUAAGCACUAAGCACUGUUAUACUGGUGGUCAAAUCUUUUCCAAGUCAGUCAUAGUCAUUCUAUGAUCAUGAUUCUUAUUUGCAUUUUGAGCAGUUCAUACCACUUGGGCAGGGCAGUGUAGCUUAAAUGUGUAUUAAGGCAGCGUAUGCCCAUUUUAAGGUCCUUCUGCAAUGUCAGAGCAGUGUAAGUUCAUGCAAAUACGGGUCAAACCUUACAAGACGAAUCAUACAGUCCUUACUCUUAACAGUAAUCUCCCACUGGCGUGGACAUAGUUUUGUCACAGUUGGACUUGAGAAUGAACAACAGUGAGUUGUUGAAAACCUGCUGUGAGCCACAGUCCUGCCAGCAUUUGACACCGUGCUCACGAGCCCAUCUGAUCCAGGAGCCACUGGGUUUCAGGGAGGCAGUACAGCCGGCCACGUUGCUGGCAGCACCCAGCCCUCUGUGUGAGCGUGGUAAUGCAAUACAGACUGGCAGGACUACCCCCAUGCGGAGCUGAUGCUCUAGAACCAAGAUUUAAUCAGAUAAAGCUGAGAUACAGUUAAUGAUAGAACUAUUGGGAAAUUAUAUUUGCAUUUAUACAUUGAAAACUAUUGAGACUAGCGUGUGUCACCUCUGCUCAUACUGUCAGGUACUGAGUCUCACCUGAGCGGAGGCACAUAGGGAGCAAAGUGCCCGAGCAGCGCUGGAGUAAUGCUGGGAGCUUGCAGGGUCUGGCCUUUGAAAUGCAAGUGGGGAGAUACAUCUCUGAAAAGAUCAAAGACAUGAUUUAUAUUUAGAUUGAAACAAGAGAAAACAAGCUCACUGGAGUGAGCUUGAUCACAAGCUCACUGAUCACUGGAGUUGGCUGUUCACCUAAGUUUGAUGGUAAUACGCUCAUUCUAUUUGAAGGUGGGAUUUUUUUUACAGUUCUAUAAAAAUUGUGUUAGAAACAAAGUCUCCUCAUUCAUGAAAACACUAGGUUCCAUGAAUCCAUAACCUGUUAACCUAGGACACUGACAUUUUUAUCAGCCUUCAGUCCCUAAUGAAAGAGCUCAGCUUGGAAAAGUCAACUCUGACGCUUUGCAAUAUUUGUGGCAAACUAUCCCUGUAACAAACUGAAUGCACUAUGGAAAUGUCAUGUAGAGCUCACUGUGCAAUACUGAGUCAAUACACUGUACACAUUUGAUCAAAAGAUUAAUAUUAAUGUUUAGAUAGUAUUUAUUGGUAAGAAGUUUGUUUCAAACAUACUGCAUUGUGUUGAUACCUAUGAAUGGCCUAAAUACAAUAAAUUGUAUUUUACAUAUUGA